AUGUCAACACCAAAGGUCAAUCCACAUCGACCUUAUUAUACACCAGGUUUACAUCAUCAUAAUUAUACUUCAUUACCUUCAACAAGUGAUGCGAGUCCGUUAGUACUAGAGGAUAAUAACAAUACUCAACUUAAAAGUUUUACUGCUCGAUGUACGAGUUUUGCUUUAUUAAAAUACUUUGUAACAAUGUUGACGAGUCCCUUUGAAGUAGGAACUACAUUAUUACAAGUUCAAUAUUCCCCACAUGAAGACGUCGAAGUUAUUGGUAUACCAAUACCACUUGAUUCAACUUUUCAACUUACUUCUCCAACAGAAGGAUGGAGAUCGUUAUUCAAAGGACAGCGAGUCACCUGGAUCUAUGAUAUGCUUCGUACCGUUUUACGACCAGCACUUGAAAGUUCCCUUAAUGAUGUCUUCGGUCUCUAUGAUGAUACGACCAUCCCACUUUUACAUCUUGAUAGUAUAACAGCUAAUAUGGCAACCAUGAUUGUCUCUCAUCUUGUGAUAGGUGUCUUAUUGAGUCCUUUAGAAAUUAUUCGUACACGAUUAAUCGUUCAAUCUGCAUCUCCUCAUUGUAGUAAAUAUAAGGGACUUUUUCAUGCUUUACGAACCAUGUUUUCUGAAGAAGGUGGGAUUCGAGGCGUCUAUCUUUCUAAAAACUUGGUUCCUACUUUAUUCUAUCAUACCAUGUCUCCUUUGAUAUCCUGUAGUACACCUUUAUUAAUUGCACGUCUUUUGCAUAUUUCAGCUACUGAUUCACCUAUCCUUUAUGGUGCUGCUGAACUUACUCUCUCCACCCUUGGUCUUUUGAUCACUUUACCUUUAGAAACAAUACGUAAACGUCUUCAAUGCCAAACAACAAAUCCUAUUGAAUUCAAGACAACAGUUGCUCUAAGACCACAGCCCUAUCGAGGUCUCUUGGACGCAUUAUAUAAAAUACUUAAAGAAGAAGGUACACGAUAUAAACGUAAUAAUAAUCGUAAGAAAGCAAAAGUGAAAAACAACAAGAAACGAUGGUCGAGUGAAAGUGAUACGACAGAAAGUGAUAUAUCCUUUUCGAAUCAACAAAAGCAUACACCACCACCACCACCACCAUUACGUACCAGUGCCUGGGGUAUUCGAGGUUUAUAUAGAGGAUUUAGUAUGCAAAUGGCUGCUAAUAUCAUGCUUUUUGUAUUUCAAACAAUGAAUGUACUUGAAGGUAAAUAA